CCCAUUUCAAAAAAACAGAGGCCAAACAACAAGAACAAAGAGCUCGCAAAGGAGAGCCCCACCCACAGGAGGGUCUGUCUUGAGGAGGCAGCGGCUAACCACUGCUCCAACGGGCUUCUUCUUUCGUGGUCCUCCACCUCUCUUUCUCUCUCUCUCUCUCUCUCUCUCUCUGACAAGAUCCGGGUGAUCCUGAUCCAGUAGGGAUUGAGAGGAAAGAGUUCAAGCUUUUGUUGUUUUUUAGGGUGGUUUCGUAUUCUUCAAGGUAAGCCUCGCCUCGUCAUCAACCUCAACAACUUUCUAGAGAAGCUCUUUAAGAUUUUGACCUGAAAUGUGGUCCUGUUGAAUGGAUUUUUAAGCAAAGGGGAAAGAAAUGAAAAUCAAUCUUUUGACUUGAAAUUUUGGUGAGAUUUCUGGAGGAGUGUAAUGUGAAUAAGUAGACGAAACCGGGAAGCAUAAGCUCAGAUGCUGAUUGGUAUCUUUUGAUUGUCUUUGGGGCAGGAAAUUGCUAUGGCUGUUGCCAAGAGCAACAGCAGCAGCGAACCACUCACACAGCCGUGCAAUUGUUAUAAAGUCGAGAGCUUGACUGAAACCAUUUUGGAUGCAAAUCAAACGUCAAAUUUAAAAGAUCAGUACAUUCUUGGAGAGCAGUUGGGUUGGGGUCAGUUUGGUGUUAUCAGAGUGUGCUCUGAUAAGUUGACCGGGGAGGUUUUAGCGUGCAAAUCGAUUGCUAAAGAUAGAUUGGUUACACCAGAAGAUGUGAGGAGUGUGAAGCUUGAGAUUGAAAUAAUGACCAAGUUAUCUGGGCACCCGAAUGUUGUAGAUCUCAAGGCUGUGUACGAGGAGGAAAACUAUGUUCAUUUGGUGAUGGAACUUUGUGCUGGAGGGGAGCUCUUUCACCAGUUAGAAAAGCAUGGGCGAUUCUCUGAGUCUGAGGCCCGGGUUCGUUUCAGGCAUCUGAUGCAAGUGAUUUUGUAUUGUCAUGAGAAUGGGGUUGUUCAUAGAGAUCUGAAGCCCGAGAAUAUCCUCUUGGCCACAAAAGCCACAUCUUCUCCGAUUAAAUUGGCGGAUUUUGGUCUUGCAACCUACAUCAAGCCUGGGCAGAGUUUGCAUGGGCUGGUUGGGAGUCCAUUUUAUAUAGCUCCGGAGGUACUCGCCGGGGGCUAUAACCAGGCUGUCGAUGUUUGGAGUUCAGGCGUUAUUCUUUACAUUCUUCUUAGUGCGAUGCCGCCGUUUUGGGGAAAGACAAAGUCGCGCAUAUUUGAUGCUGUUCGGGCUGCUGAUCUGAGGUUCCCUUCUGAUCCUUGGAAUCGCAUAUCAGAAUCUGUUAAGAAUCUCAUCCAGGGAAUGCUUUGUAUGGAUCCUUCUCAAAGGCUUACUGCUGAGCAGGUCUUGGAUCACCCCUGGAUGAAGGACAAUGGCCCUAAAGAGCCAAGUGGAUGUGAAAACCAUGGUUGUGGAGAAUGGGGCAUAGCUGGUGGCUCUUUUUCCACCCCGUUUAUGUCGAGGAAUCAGGACAUCAGCUUUGGCACUGGAUCACCUAUUACAUGUGAUGUUGAAUCACCUACAUUCACAUGUAGAUCAUCCUUUUCCUCUUUCCUGGCUGAACCAGAAACACCUUGUACUGCAUCUGGCGGGUUUUCUUUCCGCAGCAGUGAUGAUUCCAACGCCAUGGAAUUCUCUUCCCCUGUUCCCACAAUAUCCAGUUUUGCAUUCUUCAGCCCUGGUUCUGCGAUUGAACAAGGGAGUUGUGCAUUAGAGUUUUCAACAAGUAUUCCCAGAGUAGAUGCAAUUCAAGGAGAGGCAAGCUUGGGGAAGCUGCUAAUGCUGCCGGAUUCUACUCUUUGCUUUGCGCAUGAGGGAAAAGAAAUGGAACGCAAGGAAGCUGAAGUUAAAAGGUCAGGAGGAACGUUUGGGUCUAGGAUGUUUUGCAUCCAUAGCAAGAGGAACCAUACAAUUGGACUUGGUGAGCGUGAGCAACUUGAUCUCAUGGUGACUGAAUCAGUCAUCCGUUGGUCGUCAUGCACGCAUCUUCCCACGUCUCUUAGAUCUUCUCUUGUAUGCUAAAAGCAUGGAUGCUAUCGUGUUGUAUUUUAUUGGCGCCGUUGUCGCUAAACCUGGUGCUUAGUGCCAGAUUCGGUUUUGCUUCAUGUAGUGGUGGCCUGAGUGGUUUCUAUCUCUGAUUUGAUGAGUUAGUGUUAGUUUUUGGUUUUUUCAACUGGUAGUAGUUACUUUAACAACUUGUGGCUAAUUGACUCUUGGCUUGUGUAUAAAGUUGGUGUUUUUCAGUA